GCUUGCGCCUCGCUAAGUGGGGAGACCUCAUGUGCCGGAUCCUCGUCUUUUCUGUGUUCUUCAUUUGUUUCCUGACUUUCUGCAAAGCCUCGCGGGCUCUGCCUUUUAUGUCCCAGCUUCCUUCUUUGGGAUCUAGUCUGCAGGCGUUCUCCCCCGAGUCUGCAACUCGACCGACAUUCUAACUUUUAUGGCGUUUUUCGAUUUGAGGGGAAACGCAGAAAACGGAGAAGAGGUGGCGAACGGAGUCCUCACAUGUGGCCAAACAUGUGACUGGGGGAAAAGGAUCGAAGAACUAUGCAGAUAUAAUCCGGGAUUUAAUCUGCGGGAGUUUUAUCGUGUCUUUGGCCGCAAUGAGGACUUAGUCUUGUGCUACGGCCCGCUAGACGAGCAGACCCAGGACGGAAUGGACUAUAAAGAGCUCUUGAUCCAGG